AUGGUGAGAAAGUUAAAAUUCCACGAAAAGAAGUUAUUAAAGAAGGUUGACUUCAUCUCGUGGGAUAUCGAUAACAAUCUUCAUGAGGCAAAAGUAUUACGUCGUUAUCACAUCAAAAAUCGGCAACAUUAUUCACUGUACAACACACUUGCUGCAAAUACUCGAGAAUUGGCUGACAAGAUUAAAGAAUUGCCAUUAGGUGAUCCAGUUCGCACAAACUUCACACGAAAGCUUCUUGCAAAAUUGUACGCAAUCGGUUUGAUCCCUAGUGAGGAUUCUCUUGAACGAGCCAGCAAAAUAUCUGCAUCAUCGUUUUGCAGACGUCGAUUACCAGUUGUAAUGUAUCGCCUUGAAAUGGCCGAUUCGAUACGUGUGGCAAGCAAUUUCGUUGAACAGGGUCAUGUCCGCGUGGGAACUGAGUUGAUUACGGAUCCCGCGUUCCUAGUUACCCGAAAUAUGCAAGAUACAGUCACAUGGACAAAUAGCUCAAAGAUCAGAGAACAUGUACUUGAUUAUAACAAUCAAAGAGAUGACUUUUUGUUAUGA